CAGAUAUUACAACCAUGCCACAGGAAAUGACUGAAUAUGAAUCUAGUCAUUCAAGAAAGCGCUUAUUUGGCAGAUACACUGAUGAAGAAGUGAAGAAUACAGCUAGUCCAGCAAAGAAGUAUAAGUACAAUACAUCUGGAGAACGGUUGACGACCACCAAGCGGAAGAAGGGAAUCCAGUUUUCAUCAAUGCAACAACCUCCGCUUAUUAAACAGCUGAAGGGAAUUUUAUCUGAAUAUCCUGAUAAUGACCAAAUUAUAAAAGAGCUUAUUCAAAAUGCAGAGGACGCUGGAGCAACAGUGGUAAAAAUUCUUCAUGAUAAACGGAGAAUAAAUCUUGUCAGUGAACAAAGAGGAACAGCUCCUGAUUAUACAAAAUUCUUUAAGGGUCCAGCACUGUGCGUGUAUAAUGACACAGUUUUCACGGAUAAGGAUUGGGAAGGUAUACAGAUGAUAUACAGUAGUGAAAAGGAAAAGGAUCCCAAAACGGUUGGAAGGUUUGGACUUGGAUUCAAGUCUGUCUUUCACAUGACAGACCAUCCUUGCGUCAUUAGCGGUACCAGAGUACUUCUGAUAGAUCCUCAACAACCAACAGAGAAGGUAAAUGCUACACUAGACUUGUGUGACCUUGAUGAGUAUGAGGAAGAUGGAUUCGAUGUAGAAACAUUUUGGUUAGCCUUGGAGAAUACAUUUUGUUUUAGAAAACAAACUUUGCAGAACGACGAAGGUUUUAAAGGUACACUCUUUUGGUUUCCGCUUCGUGAGAAACCGACACGUCUCUCAGAAACGUUGUACAGUGAAACCAAAGUAGAAAAUCUGCUUAAUUUAUUUAAAUCUGACGCAUCAAACGUUUUGGUUUUUUUGAAAAGCAUUGAGCAAAUAUCAUUGAAUAAAAGGGACGAGAGCAGAAAAAUCAGUGAAACAUUCCAACUUAAAAUUGAGGAUAAAAAUGGUUCUGUAAGACUUUCCCGGCAAGCUUUUAAGGACCGAAUUCAGAACCAAAAUAUAUCUUCUGAAUGUCCAGAUAUACAUUCUACAAUACACCUUGUAAUAUAUAUGCUGUCUGGUGAUAAAGAAGAGCGUCAGGAAUGGCUGGUUGUGAACUACUUUGUAAACGAAAGUGCAUCAGCUGGUUUCAGAAAAUUGAUACAAGAUAAAAAUCUAGGAUACAGCCCAUAUGUUGGCGUUGCAACACCUCUUAAAGAAAUUGAAGACGACUUUGAGGGACACGUUUUUUGCUUCCUGCCGUUGCCAAAGGAAGGUGAGCGGUUGACUGGGUUACCUGUGCAUGUAAAUGGUUUCUUUGCAUUGAGCCAAAACAGACACCAUAUGAAAUGGGAGACCGAGGAACAAGAGGGAAAGCCAAUAGAUGACAAGUCAAUUCUUUGGAACAAAGCACUUAUCGAGGAAGCCCUUCCAAAAGCAUAUGAAUUACUUGUUUUGGAAAUUAUAGAAGUUUCAAAGAAGAAUUCAAAUGAUAAAAUAUCUAUAAGGGCCGUAUAUAAUACAUUGCCAACGUGUAAAUCAUCACCAAGAAAGACCCACAAGAGAUGGAUGGAGUUGGAAAAUAAACUUUAUGAAUAUCUUGAUAAAAGAGAAAUGGUAUAUGCAAUGCACACAAGGGAAUGGAUCGGCUUAAGAAAAGCUUUCUUUGCAACAUUUAGGACAUUGUCCAGUAGUGAAGGUGAUGUUUCACUGCAGGAAUCUGUUGUGAGAUGUUUUCAGAAAAUAAGUGUCCAGUAUGUUGAUGUGCCAUUUUCCUUGUUUGAUACCUUGCAAGCACAUUUUCCAUACAUUAAGGAUCAGACUCCAAAAACAUUGUGUUUUCAACUGAAACAACAGCAACAAUAUAAGGAAUUGACAGGCAUGGACAAAAUGAAUAUCUUAGUUUAUUUACUAAAAAAUGAGGACACUUUUGCCCAUCUUCAAGACCUUGAGUUAUUACCGCUGGCUUCUGACAAGUGGGUUGAAUUCAGAAAAGGUAGUCAACCCGUUUACCUUUGCUCUGAUGCAGAAGUAAAGAUGUUUCCAGGCCAAGAGAAUAGAAUUGUAAUGGAAUCCUCAAAACUUGGACCACAGCUUACAGAAUUCAUUGAAAAAAUAUGUAAUUCAGAAAUCUACCAAAUUCAAAGAUUAGAUGUUAAGUUGGCGAAGAUGUUACUUACUGAAACAAUACGCUUUCACUUUGCUUCUAAUGAAAAUAUCCGAUGGACAAAAACUUCUAGUCUACCAAGUCAAUGGCUGGAACACUUAUGGCGUGUACUCGUCAAAAAAGACAUGGUUAAGUAUUUCAAAGAUAUACCUCUAGUGCCGAUCCUGAUUCAAGGAAGCUGGACUGAUCCAGAUGUUAUUGAGCUGGUAAGACUGUCAGAUUUUAUUAUCAUAAAAGAAAUUGAACAUACCAAAGAAUGCAGUCUAAAUGAUGGAUUAGUUAAAUGUCUUAAAGCAUUAAAUGUAAAGGUACUUCCAAGCCUUCCAGAAUGGAUACAGUUUGAAUCAAUUCAAAACUUUGUCAAGCGACCAACAAAAGAAGAAAUUAUUUAUCUGUUUGGUGAAGUGUACAAUAAGAUUGGAGAAAAUGCCGUGUUCAAAUUGAACCAAGCUUUCGAAAUAGAUGGUCAGAUAAGAAAAGUAUUAAUCCAGUUUGCAUCUUCCUUGGUCUGUUUAGAACCAGAGCUUGUAGAAAUGUUCCGAAAGCUUCACUUGUUUCGAGCUGUGCGUUCAUUGAAAGAUGAGGGUCAGUAUAGUUCAGUUGUUAAAGUUAAGAAAGUUAUUCCUGGAAACAUCAAUUUCCCUGUAGGGGUCGAUUUGCCAUUCUUGUGUAUAAAAGUAGACACUGAAGAUCAACAUUUGAUAAAGUUACUCGACAUGGACAUUGUAACAUUAGAAGCUUUGAUUUUGAGUACCAUUAAAAAAUUACAAGUGUCAAAAAGUAAUGAUCAGGUUACAACCUUUAUGACAUUUUUCCUGGUCAAUUUUAAAUUGUUCGAAAAUAAAAGCUCAAUAUGUAAUUAUGCUGCAAAGCUACCUUUUCUGACAAUGGGCACAAUGUUGCACGUACCAUCGGAUCUAUUUGAUCCUUCAUGUUCAUUGCUUCAAAGAUUACUUAUUGGGGAAUCAUUAUUUCCUGAAAGAUCUAUUGAGUUUAGUGGUAGAGAGUUAGAAGCACUGAGAAGGCUUGGUCUGAAAAGUAAAGAAAAUAUAAACGGUAGUAUCAUGCUGAAAGUUGCAAAUUCAUUAAAAUUGUGGAUGGGAGAUGCACAAAAGUCUGACGACUUGUCAAAGAAAGCAGAUGCAUUCAUGGAAGUUUUAGUUGACAAUCCUAGUUUGUUGGACCAUUAUUGCAACGGAUCAACUACUUUAGGAAAUGCUCUGAUGUCAAUUCAGUGUAUUCCAGUGGUUCAAACUCCACCUGAAAAUUAUCCAAAUGGAAUGCCGUGGUUUUCUAAAAAUGUGAAACUUUGUAAGCCUGGAGAAGCUAAACAUAGUAAAUUGAGUCUCUUUGCAGGAGCUACAGUACCGAUUGUUGAUUGUUCAUCACAAAAAGUAAUAAAAUAUUUCAAAUGGGAAGAAUAUCCAUCAUUGGAAAUAGUAUUGAACCAAUUAGCAUAUAUUCGACAGCAUUACAAAGUCAACUACAAACCAGAUUAUGUGAAAGCUACGCAGCAAAUCUACAAUUACUUACAUGAAAGUAAAGGCAAGUAUUUAAUACUACACGAUAAGCUGAAAGAUGAAAAUAUUUUAUGGACUGGUAAUAGCUUUGUGAAACCAAGCAGCGUAAUAAUUACGAACCGGGAAGGGGAUCUAGAUCUAAAACCUUACUUUUAUUAUGUGCCUGAAGAGUUUUAUAACAUGAAUGAGCUGUUUCUGCAACUUGGGUGUAAUUUAGAACAAAACAAUGAAUUACUACUGACCACAUUACAGGAUAUAAAAUUUAAGCACGAGUCUGCCGAGACAAUAAACACUUCAUCAUUAUCAAAUGACACAGAUAUUGCUUUAAGGAUUUUAAAAUGUCUUGCACGAAAACAGAAUGAUGGAAGUUUUAAUGUAGAAGAAUCAAAAAUGCUUAUGUUAGUUGAAAGUCCAUUGUCAGAAAGACUUUCCUUACAACCUGUAUCUGUCUGCAUAUUAGAUGAAGACCAAGAUGAACUUGAUGAAGAGGAGGAGAAAAGUCUGUAUAUUGUUAAUCGAAUUGUACCAGCAAUUGUUGCCAAAGACCUUGGAGUAAAAUCUAUGAAAAGGAAAACGAUAAUUGGAGCUACUGAAGAAUUCGGGGUAGAAGAAUGGGGUGUUCAUGAAUCACUUACAACCAGGAUAAGGACUCUACUGGAAGACGGAUAUACAGAUGGGUUAUCUGUUCCAAAAGAACUGGUGCAAAACGCAGAUGACUCGGGAGCAACCAUUGUUAAGUUCCUAUACGAUGAAAGGAAGAAUGACGAUGCAAAGCGGACGGAAAAGUUAUUGAGUUCUGACUUAAGGUUUUGCCAAGGCCCUGCUCUUUGGGUGUUUAAUGACUCCUUGUUCACAGAGAAGGAUCUUCAAAAUAUCACUAAACUAAACGGAGCUACAAAGGCGGAAAGUAAGGACAAAAUCGGUAAAUUUGGUUUAGGAUUUUGUUCUGUUUACAAUUUAACAGAUGUCCCUUGCUUUAUAUCUGGUAAGGAUAUGAUCAUUUUUGAUCCACACGAGACAUAUUUAGAUGAGGCAAGACAGUCACGCGGAACUGGAUUAAGAGUCAGGCUUUCGAAACAAAACAUAAUUCGGCGCAAUGUAGAUCAGUUCAAACCAUAUAAGUCAGUCUUUGGUUGUGAUUUACCUGAUAAAAUCUUUACAGGAUACAGCGGUACUUUGUUCAGACUCCCUCUAAGAACUGAUUCUCAAGCUGCAAGAAGCGAGAUUUGCAGUAAACCAUACUCAAAAGAUGAAGUGGUAAUAUUAUUAAAGCAAUUAAUAGAAAACGCUGGAAAUAUACUACUUUUUACACAAAAUGUAAAGGUUUUACAAAUAUAUUAUCUGCCAGAAAAUGCAACUGACCCUUCUCAAGCAAAACUACUCUUCAGUGUUGAAAAGACAACUACAUGUACUCAAUAUUCCAAUGGAACGGAUGCUAUGCCAGCACAGAGCGUAUUAAAACGCAUGCCCGCAGUCUUAGAAAAUGAUGGAAAUUUUACUGAAAUCCAUAAUGUUGAAAUCAGUCAAAAAUUGUAUGAAAGUGUACUGCUAAAAUUACAAAGCAUUGAGCAUUUAGGAUCAUCUGCAACAAACUGGAUUGUUUCAUGGGCGCUGGGAACAAAAGGGUCAUUAAUGCUUUCAAAGAGAAUGUCUAAAGAAGGGGCAGUUCCUCUUUCAGCUAUUGCUAUACCACUUACAAAUAAAACAGACAAUUGUCCUCUUGUGCUUAAAGAUGUUCCAAUAGGAUUUUACAGAGUUGGUCAUUUGUUUUGUUUCUUGCCUCUGCCAGUACAAACAGAUUUGCAUAUGCACAUAAAUGGUUGUUUUAGUGUCAGGUCAGAUAGAAGAGGUCUUGCAUGGUUUUCAGAAGAUGAUAAAAGAAGCAGGGAUGGCAUCACUUGGAACCAGGCAUUAAUGGAAGACUCUGUUGUUCAGAGUUUUGUUAACCUCUUGUCAUAUCUGUCUGAAAGAAAUCCUAAAGGUUACAUUUAUCACUCGUUAUGGCCAUUAAGCGGAUGUAUUGAUGUCAAGGCGUUUUUACACAGCUUUUAUAAGAAGCUUAUCUCAGAUAACAUUAAACUUUUCAAAGGAGAACAUGUGUGGGUAUCAUUUGAUGAAGUAGUUUAUCUUGAUCCUGCUAUUAGACACACUAAAAUGAUUGGAGAUAUUGCUUUUGACUUUCUGGGGUCUGUGCCAAUAAGUACUGGUAAGCAUAUUAUUGAAAUGCCUGGUCAAAUUCUGUCAUUACUCCAAAAUUGGAACCCUGAACGCAAUUCAUUUUUCAAAAAAUCUAUGGUAGAUGAAGAAGAACUUAUGAUUCAUUUGUUAAACUCAAUAGACUCAGUAUUUUGGCACAAUAAAUUGCCACAAAGGAACCAAAUGUUACUGCAUGCUAUGCAAUGUAAAAGUAAAAAGGUAAUUCAGAAAUUGCAAGCUACAAAAUGUAUCCCUACUGAACCAAACAAUGUGCUUCAUAGACCAAAUGAAUUGGUUUGCCCCAAAUCAGAGAUUGCAGGAAUGUUUAAUGUCACUGAUGAGAAAUUUCCUUUGAAAUCAGAAGGCUUUUGUACAAGUAAAACAUUGGCCAAACUUAACACGCUAGGCAUGAACAAUAAGUAUCUUACACAAGCCAUGCUUUUGCAAAGGUGCAAGACAAUACAUCAAUUAAUAACAGAUUGUGGCAAUUGUGCUCUGGAAAGAUCAGUUCAAAUAAUCAAAUACUGUGGAAGAUUAGAUGUAAUUCAAGAACUACAAAACGACAUUGCAUUCAUAAGGGAGCUUCGACAGACUCUUUUGAUGCCCGUGCUACACUCACCUCCUAAUUGGCGAUUCACAUGGAAAGCAGAUAAACUAGAUGAUGUCUCAAAUUCAUAUUGCACCGACCAUUCAAAACAGAAGGAGAAUUCUGUACGAUUUGGAAAACCAACAUGUUUGUUUCGGGAAAGUCUAAGUACAUGUAUCGGUAGUGUAGGGCUAUUCGUGCAUGAAAACCUUUUAAGACGGAAAUGUGCUCUGCCCGAAAAUUUGUUUGAAUUACUAGGUGUGGAAAAACAACCCUCAUUAGAAUUACUUUUGCAACAGCUAAAUCAUUUAUCAGAUGAAUACCGUUGUCCAGAGCAGCAGUUAAGAAGUUUAGAUAAGAUUUCAAAAGCUGUAUAUGAAGGGCUUGAAAGGCUUAUUGUUGAUAAAUCUGAAAUAGAAAUUUUAGAAAUGGAAUGUUUCCAGAAAAUAGGUGAUAAGCCGCUGAUUAUAAUGGGAAAGGAACUUGUAUGUUCUAGUAAGAUUGCAUUUCAGGUGAAAUCGGAGUGUAUUCCUGAACUAUAUUGUUUGCGAGAAUUUGACUAUAAGAAGAAAAAAGUUUUUAAAGCACUUGGAGUAAAAGACCAUUUUACGGUGGAAUUUCUUCUAUCAGUGUUACAAAGAAUAUACACAGACUGUUUAUACCGCAAAUGCAUUGAUAUAGACACUGUGUCAUGCUUGCUGGUGAAUCUUUGUGAAAGCAUGAAAAUUGAAAAUAUACAUUAUUCAGAUUUGAAAGAAACUGAAGCGAUAAUUGUAGCUCCAGAUGUAGAUGGAUUUUUACGACCAACGCACGAAUUGGUCAUAGAAGAUCCAGCAUACAAAUCAUCUGCUUCUCUUCAUAUUCUACAUGGAAAUAUACCACCAGAUACAGGAAGAGCACUUGGUGUCAAAUCUAAACAGCGGAAAAUAGUUGAAUGUUUUUCUACCGGAUUUUUUGAACCAUUUGGACAAAACGAAAGUUUGAUAACUAGACUUACUGGAAUUCUUGAAGACUAUCCGUGUGAUUCAAGUAUCAUGAAAGAACUAUUACAAAAUGCAGAUGAUGCAAGCGCAACUGAAAUAUUCUUUAUAAAGAACUAUGUUACCUACGAUAAUGAAAAGAUAUUUGGAAAAGAAGAUCUUCAAGGACCUUCGCUUUGUGUAUUUAACAACAGUUAUUUCACAGAAGAUGACUUUAAUGGUAUUAGAAAUCUUGGAGUAGGUAGUAAGCGUGAAGAUCCAUCCAAAACAGGUCAGUAUGGCAUUGGAUUUAACGCUGUAUAUCACUUAACAGAUACACCAUCUUUUCUCACUAAAGGACCAGGGUUAGGAAAAGAUGGCCAAAUUUGUAUAUUUGAUCCUAUGCUGUCUUGUUUAGAAGGUCAUGCUACAUCUGAAAACCCAGGAAUAAAAUGUGAUGCUUAUUUUAUGAAAGAAUCUUUUCCCAAUAUGCUUCUUGGAUAUCCAGUUAUCCCGAGUAUUGAGGCAUCUGGACAGGGUACUAUAUUUAGACUUCCAUUACGAAGAUAUAGGUCUCCUAUCAGUAGCAAUGUAAUGACACCUGAUAAAAUGGAUAAAGUGAUUGAGUCCUUUAAGAAAGACAUGUUUGAAUCUCUUCUGUUUUUGAAGAACAUUAAAUGCAUAAAAGUUUUUAAUGUAAGCAAUGGUGAUUUAUUUGAAGAAUUUUCAGUGGAAAGAAAACUAUCUGAAGAAGAUGAUAUAUGUCGUAAAAAAUAUUUUUCAAGUAUUAAAGAAGUUGCUAAAGGUAACCUCCAUGUCCCUCAUCAAAAUUUGUGCAUGCAGCCUAUAGAGACAUUUUAUAAGAUCAACAUUGAAGACAACACUGGCCAUAAUGAAAACUGGUUAAUUGUUAAUAGCUUUGGAAUUGAACAAACUUGUGAAAAAAAAUCUAGUGUUAUGUUAGCAUUAAAGGCAAAGGCGAUUGGUCUAACACCUGUGACUGCUAUAGCUUUGCCUUGGCCUGAAAAUGAAACACAUACUUCCCUUCCUGCCACAGAUAAAAUGAGAAAAAUAAUGGAGAAGAAAAUCACAGGAAAAGCUUUCUGUUUUCUUCCCCUUCCUAUAACAACAGGAUUACCAUUUCACGUAAAUGGGCAUUUUGCCUUAGAUAAAGCUAGAACAAAGCUAUGGAGUGAAGGAGAUCGAAAGUCGUGGAAUGAUUUUGUAUUAGCUGAACUAUUAAGUCGGACAUGCAUAACAGCUUUACAGUAUUUGAAGGAAAACUUUGUCUGUAGACAUUCUACUGAAAUAUUUGAUAAAAUUCUAAUAGCCCAGACCCUUGAAAGAUAUCACGAAUACUUUCCAAAGUGGGAAAAGAGUUCUGACAAUAACUGGAAAUUGUUUGUAAGUAACUUUUAUAAAAUUGUUAUUGAAGAGGAAGUCAAUAUAUUUCCAUCGACUGGAAGAACAUACAUUGACAACAGUCAACCGGAAGAAAAUACCCAUGAAAUAGGUUUGGAUUGGGUGUCUCUUUCUAAAUCAGAUGAUGAUUUCGAUGGCACUUUUAAUGUUGUAUCAAAACAUGUUACAUUUAGCCAUCCAAUCUUUACAGACAAAGAUGCACAUUCCGUCCUAUACACGUUAAGAACAAUUGGGAUGAAAGUCAUUGAAACACCUCAUUGGGUUAGCAAAUCUAUAAGUCAGUCUGGUAUUAAAUAUAUUCCAUCAUGCACACCCAAAUCAGUGAUCAAAUUUUUAAAAACAUUUGAUGACGAAAAUGCAGCACAUUGUCGUAUUGGGAAAAUGAACAGUCGGUUAGAAGAAACAAUGAUAUCAAAUGUCGAGGCCCUUCAGAGCUUGUUGAAUUACAUAAUUCGCGAUGAAAAUUUUACUGACAAAAUUGAUGGUUUGCCGCUAUGUCUCGCAAACAAUGGUUUGUUAAAGGCCUUCAGCAAACAUGCCCCAUUGUUUUGUUCAGAUAUGUGUGAUAUUUUGAUCGGAUCAGCUGACCAGUUUGUACAUAGCGAAAUCAUUUAUAUGGUAAAUCGGAAUGAAUACCAUACAUCAAAAGUUAUUAAAACAUUUGAAGUAGACAAUUUACUUUCAAUACUCGCUGACACAUUUGAUCCAGCAGAUUUUGCUUCCGGAAUGUGUGUUGAUUGGAAUAAAGAUGCUGGUGUUCCAAUAAAACCAAAUAUUAUUGAAAGAAUAUUGUUUUUUAUUUACAGUAAAUCAGUCAAAAUAAAUAAUACCACAAUGCAUGAAAGUUUAGACGAGAAUCUGUUUCAAAGAAAUAUUUGCAUGUUCAACGAUUGGUCUUUCCUGCCAACAUUUCACUAUGUUGGGUCCGCAAAAGUAUUUCAGCUUGUCCCUUUUUGCAACUCAAAUCGUUUAUAUAACAAAAGUUACUUGCCCCAACAUGACACUUUAAAUAAGGUUGCGAAAAAAUUGAAUGUGCCAUGUCUAGAUGAAUCAUGUUUUUUGAAACCUGAUAAAAGAAUAGCCUCUCACUUACGCAGGAUGCUGCCAUCAUAUGAGCGACCAGUGCAGUUACUUGAAUGUUUAUCUUAUUACAGACCCAAAUUUCAAAUGAGCAAAAUAACACAUGAUGAAUGUGUUUCAGUUCUCAACCUUUUUGAUGGUGCAAUAGAUCAGAUGAAAAAGAAUUGUGAUGCUCUUACUUUGCAAAAUAUGUUUAAAAAACUUCCACUAUUUGUUUCUCACCAGAAAGAAAUUGUGAGUAUAGACAAUUUUGUUCAUGUUAUUGUGUUGCUAACUGGCAUACCGUCUGAUGGUAUAAAUGAUUGGGCGCAAAACACUGGAAUAUUACUUCUAAAAGACACUGAAAAACUUCGAAAUUUAUACAAGUUUUUAAAUUUUCCUACGAAGUCUGUAAUUGAAGUGUACAUUGAAAAGAUAUUGCCCACAUUUGAUCUCGUUCCAAGAAGUGUAUGGAAAGUACAUAUUGAAUAUAUAAAGAAUACACUCUUAAUGAGAUCACUUGGUCAAAAGUUUGAUCACCAUCAGUUAAAUGUCAUUCAACAACUAAAAGCCAUUCCUUUUAUCCAUGUCAUUGGGAAGGAUAAACGAGUGGACCAACUAUAUGACUGUUGUCACCCCGUCUUUUCUUGCAUGCUGUCUGAAGAUUAUUUUCUCCCAAAGGAAUAUAGAGGGCACGAGUGGCGCGAGUUUUUAGAAAUUCUAGGGAUGAUAAUGAAACCUACUGAGAAAAUGCUGAUUGACUUUGCACAGAGCCUUGAAGCUAAGAUCAACAAUCGCAUAAAUGAAGAAACUAAAAAACAGUCUGGUGCUCUUGUCGAUUGUCUUUUUAAUGGAGAUUGGUCAGAGCAGACACUUGCGAAAAUGAAAAAUAUACGCUUUGUUGUGCCUCGAAAAGUUGAUGAGAAAAGGACAUUUCUUGCAAAACAGCCAGGUAAUGCAGAGUUGUUAAUAUGUUUUGCCGGGGCAGUAUCAGACAAACAUAUGGAUCUCUGCUGGUCAAGUCAAAAUCUCAUUUUCUACUUACCAUUUUCUGAGAACAUGAGAAUGUUUCUUGGAAUAUAUGAAUAUCCACCAAUGGAUCGGAUUGUUCAACAUUGUCAGAACGUGACUGAAGUCUUCAAAAGAGAACUUGAAAAGAACAAUAUUUCAAGUUUACCUUUUUUUGUGAAAUCUCAAAUGGAACUGCUUUAUUCAGCGUUUCAGAAGUCCUAUGAGGAAUCAAUGCAACAAAAAUUUAAAGUUACUCCGAUCGUUUUCCAUCCAGAAGAUAAUAAAAUGUUACUGGUUCGCCAAGUGGUUGUCAACCUUAACGAAGUUGAUGAAAUAAGACCAUAUUUGUACAAGCUUCCAAACUGUUUCGGGCCUUAUGAAAAUUUGUUUCAGAAAUUGGGUUCACACAGAGUCCCACUGUGUUCCGAUUACUCAGCAGUUUUAGCAGAGAUAAAACAACAGUACAAGGAAAAACCCCUUCCUUAUAAUACAUUACUCUUUGUGCAGAAAGCUCUUGAAAAUAUUAUUAAAUUGAUAGACAUGGAAAAAGAGCCUUUGCAGAAUGUUGCACAAGUAUUCAUUCCUGAUCGAAAUAAAGUUCUCGUUCCAUCAAAAAAAUUGACAGUUUCAAACAACAAUGAAAUCGAGAAACGACUUGAAGGAAAGAUAGAUAUAGAUUUCUUCAUAGGAUUUAAGGAAUUGAAAAUAGACUGUGUUAGGGAUCCUGCUUUACCAUUCGAACAAUGGCCUAAACUAUUGCAGCCAGAUGUUUUGACAAGAGAAAUUGUUGAAGAAAUUUCAACUGACAAUAUUCAAGAGGAAGACUGUAUAGAAGCACAACGAAUAGAAUAUUCUCUUCGUUCUGCCCCUGUUGUUGAAGGGAUUAUACGCCUAGUCAAGCAUCAGUUUAAAUGUGAUGGCGAAAGCUUUCAUUACAGUAUUGAAAAUGCAAUCAUGCAGCGCCUAAGAAGCGUAAAAGUAACAAAAGUAUCAGGACUGAAAACAUUCCUGAAAUAUAAAGGGCAAAAAAUAGAAGGGACAGAAUUGAAUGCGUCCUGUUUCAUAAAAUCUUUUGAAAAUGAUACAGCAGAUGAAGUAAAUUUCACAGGGUAUGAACUGUGCUUCCAAAAAGAAGCAGGUGAACAGACUUUGACUGACUUAAUAAAUGAUAAUCAUGGUCUCUUGACAUUGGUUGACUUAUGUACUGAGAACAGGCUUGGUAAACGAAUGACUAUCUGUCUGUCGCAAAUUCUUCGAUUAUUAGAAAAUUCAUCCGAAAUAAGUCGGAGGCUUGAUAAUUUACAAAUCGAUGCCUACGACCUCCCGGCAUCGUGGAAUGUUUCGAUUUUCCCUCGACCUGGAACUUAUGUGGAAGAGAAAUUCCACGCUUUCUUGGAACAAAGCAUUUCUCCAUUUAAGGUAUAUGAAUAUAUGUAUGUUGCACUUGAAGUUGAAGACUCGACCGAUUUAACUGAUCCAGUUUACAUGUAUGCUGACAUUUGGAAAGAAAACAAAAGGUUUCACGGGGCUUCUGUUCUCGAUAUUACAUACGAUGUUAACGUUGGUCGUAAAGAUGAGAUAAUUACUGUCCCUAUAUACCGCUUGUAUAGAUUCAAACCAAAAGAACAGGAGAUUGUUCAAGAUUUAGUUGCAUAUGACAUUGAGCCAAUUGGUUCAAUUCCUAUUGACGAAAACUUUCGUCGUGUAAGACAAAUGCUAGAAGAUGCCUGGAAAUUGGAUGAAACUGGGCGAAAAGCGGUUAUCCGUCGUUUGUGGAUGCAGUGGCAUCCGGACAGAAACAGAGACAACCGAGAAUACGCCGGGCGUGUGUUUAAUUACAUCAAUGAAAUAGUGCUAAAAUUGGAGAAGAAAGAGAUUAUUGAUGAUGAAAUUACAAGUGACACUGGAAGAAUGCCCCCUGACAUGUCGCGUUCAACAUUUGGAUCAGCAAGUGAUGCUGUGUAUAGAAGAGGGUGUACACUUGCAGCACACUUUCACGAUAACAGAGACGAUUAUAAUAGAUCUACACGUACCGGCAAUUUUGCCCAUCACAGAGCAGAGGAAGCAAUUGUACGGCAUGUUGGAGAAGCAAAACGCUGGCACAGACAAGCUGUUCAGGACUAUAAAGCUGCCAUAAGUAACAUUACAACAGGAGCUGAUGACUUAAGCUUUAACUGGGUGUGCUAUAAGUGUCAUCAGGCCGCUGAAAAGGCUUUAAAGGCAGCCUGGUUUGCCAAAAAUGCAAAUAUGGCUCGGCGAAAAGAUCAUUCAUUGGGAAAUAUUGCCAAUGGUCUUGAUGAUGGAUUACUAUUUACCGAGGCUACGUCCUUGGAGCGUAUUACUGGAGACUAUUCUUACAUGCGGUAUCCAGAUGCUGUUUUGGGACGACAUCAAAUACCAUCUGAAAUGUUUGAUUGUAAAAAGGCAGAGAAAGCUGUUGAGAUCACAAAGUGCAUACUUGACACAAUAGCCGAGUUAAUUGACUGAAUAUGCUGUUAAAAGGUGGCUAUAAAUGUAUGUCUGUUAAACCACAUCGAAUGAAAAUGGAAAAUGUACUUCGUUAUCUAAAUGAAAAAAAGCAAUCACUUUUGCUGUAACAUAUAUUAUUAUUUCUUUACAGUCUUUCGUUAUUAACAUCAUGUUUAUAAUGUAAACAUUUCAUUUCAUUUAAUUAUGAGAUAUUUUAAGAUGGAUGUGUCAAGUUCUGUCUUAUUGAAUUGAACUAGAGUUGACUUUAGAUUGACUGUACAUAUAGUAUACAUUGCUUUUCUGAAAGUCUUGUUUUUUGCUGUUUAAAAAGUGUUGUGUUGUGUGAAUAUUGACAUUUGACAUUUCACACAUAAUAUGUGUAUUUCUUGAUAAAGUAUGAAACCUAAUCGUAUGGAAACCGGCAAAGAACUUGAUUAUCUAGAUGAUGAAAAAGAGAGCAAUCAAUUUUGUUGUAAUAGUUUACAAGUACAUUUGUAUAUUUUGUAAAAGAUAAAACAAUGUGUUUUUGAUAGUUUUAUCUUGUUUAUAUAGUAGACUAAUUAUCUUAUUUUAUUUUUGUUAUAAAUUAUGUGUUUCGUUAUGAAUAUGGCAAGUACUGUCUUUUAAUUUCUUGCUGAAUUAAAAUGACUUUGAAAUUGCUUUUUAUACAGAAAAAAUUUUGUUGUUGACAUUUUCUAUUUGAUAUACGUUUGAAUACCAAGAUGUUUGAUAGUUAUUUAUUGCUCACCUUAAACGGUUGUUUACAUUUAUUUACCAGGCUGCUUGAUGCAUGUUUUAUUGCAAACAACCAUUUAUGCACGGCCAUAAAACCAUUCAGACAUCUUUAUAACGAAUUGUGUAUACAACAUAUUUUCUUAAAUUGAGAAAAUACGGAAAUUACUUCAUUUUCAAUUGACAGUUGCUGUGUUGUAGAUUACAUUAAGGUUACGAGCGACGUAACAAACGUACACUAUAAAAAUUGUUCUACUACAUUUCUUCAUCAGCAUAUUGUUUCACGUGUAGAUAAACAUUUUACUUAAACAUUUUCUCAGUCAAACAUGUGAAGACGUCUGAUUAGAUCAAAUCAAGUCUUCAAUUUUUACUUUGUCACUUGAUAUCAUUGAUCUCUCGAGGGAUGCCUUUAUCAGAUUACUGUACUUAAAGCAGCGUUGAUAUAUUUGACUUUGGCUGUUUGUAAAGAUUCUUUUCAUGCUACAUCACUCAUUGUUUUGAUAUUGAUGUGUUAUAUUUUAUUAAGUGUUAAUAUAAAGAAGUGCUUUUUGUUUGUCAUUAUGACACCAUAAAUGUCUUACAUCACAUUGGUAGUUGCAAGUUUUUUUUAUUUGUUUAUGAAACCUUAUAUUUCAUUACCAGAAUAUGGCGGAAUGGCUUUCCAUUUUAGGGAAAGUUUAGUCAAUUUUGAACAUUAUGUAGAUAAAUAUCAUAUCAAUAUCACUCGACAGGUUUUUGGUCAUUACCAAGCUGUAUAGUAUUAUUGUUCUCAUUAUAAACAUGCUUCGCACGAGAUGUUUUUAUUGCUAUUUGUUCUUCGUUGAGCCUUCAGAUAUAUUGUAGAUAUAUUGGCUUUAACACUUUGAUAAUACUGAUGAUACAUAAUAAAUAAAUGUUUUUUUGUAAAAUUCAGCAUAUUACAUAGCAUAAUAUUGAUGCAUUUUCUAUAUAUAUACAUUUUGUGUGCUUACAUGUAAACGCGAUAAGAGUUGUCUUUAGGUUGUAUUUAAGGUGACCUAUUGGACUAUUUUUUAUCCAAGGGAAGUUAAAAUUGGUUAAAAGUAAGCUGAUUGGUGUUUCUAUUUACUGACCACUUCAUACAUUCAGCAGAUGAUUUUUUACCAUUUUGAAGACAACCAUUUAUUUUGUAAUUAUAUCCUCUGUAAGUUAUAUAUUUAUACUGUGUAUCUUUGUAGUGUUUUUCCUUCAUGUGUAUACAUUGUAUAUUAAAUAAUUUUCAUUUUUAGAAGAAAUUCAUAUUUGAGUUGAUAUAGCUGUACUUUUAUAUUCUAAAAUUGACUAAAACAUGUUAAAAGUACAGGAAUAUUGUUUAAAUUGUUCUUAUUAAGGCAUUUUUCUGAAGAAAGUAUAGAUUUGGAAAAAUGCACCUAUAUUACUGCACAAAAGGUAAUGAUUUGUUUUAUCUUUCUUUGUUGUUUGUGAAUAUACAUGCAUAUGGUUUAAUUGAUUAGUCCUCUAACAAUGGUGGUAUUGAUAGUCAAGUACUUGUUUUUCUUUGCGUUGAGAAAAGGCAUUUGGCUUUACUGUAUAGUUUUUAUUGACUUGAAUGUUUCAACUUAAAUGUACAUUAUAUGUAUUAUUGAUUUUCUUUAAUAUUUAUUCUUUUGCAUAUAUCGAUUAUGUACAAUUUUGUUUUGAACACUACAGUUAGGCCAAUUAUCUUCAUCAAUUACUUUCAUGCGCAUUUUUAACGCUUAAGUUCUAUUUUUGUAAAUAAAUUGAACUUUGAAUUCCAAGGAAAACAUUGAAGCAAACGAUAAAAUUAUUAGCCCUGUGCCUUUGUCUACACCAGUAUCAUGUAUUGGGAAAUAUAAUUGUACAGCCAUAGUUUCAUUACACCCAUUAAAGUGUUUUUAUUGUCAAAUACACUUGUAGGCCAGAGUUUAUGAUGGCUGUCAUAUUCU